UUUUUUAGUCUUUUACGUGUUUUUAUGUGGAAAACUUAUAACGACGGUGACAACAGCCAAAGCCCAAAGCCCAAACGAGAAACUCGCUCAAGAUACGAAAACGUGCACAUUUUGUGUUGCAGUCAGCUCCAUUCGUUUGAUUUAAUGUGAAGCUGCUAUCCCACCUAAGGAGGAGAGCCAGUGCAAUUGCUUUAAUUGGCUAAAUUAGCAAUAAAGUCGCAAAAGAAUUGUGAAACAAGUUCAAAACGAGUAGCUUCGGAAAAACAACAAUUAGAGGCAAAUAAAUUAAACGAGUGCGCCAAAGAGCAACUGACAAACAAAAAAAAAAUAAAAAUUCGAAAAAAUAGAAAGUGGAGAAGAAUAAUUUGUUUAAUUUGAAUGUGAAGUGAGUGAGGCCAACAGUAAUCAGUUCCAACAACGAUUGACUGUUGAUAAGCGAAUCAUAAAGAUAAGACACCUGUGGAUUUUCUUAUCAUUUGGAGCAGUGUCAUCCACAGCAAAAACAACCAAAAAAACAAAAUGAUUGAAAUUGACGAUCAAAUUGCCAAACCCCUUAACUUGGCUAACUCUGCCGUCUUACGCGCUGUAGAGGAAGAGGAGCAGGAAAUGAAAUGUGAAACAUUUACAACAGGACUGGCAACAGCUAAGAAUGACAAACCCAACCAAAGACAGAGCCGUUCGAGACAACGUUACCAGGAACGGCCACACACACCAUUGCACCAUCAGCAGCUGGAACAAAUCAAAACGCAGUACUUGAGCCAUCAGCACGACAUAACGAUAGACCGUGAUACGGUCCUAAAGAUAAAUCGCCUGGCAACACGAAGAAAUUUACAUAAACGUGAACACAGCUGGCCACCAACAAGUCACCAUGAUAAAGUUGAUGCAAUUGAAUGUGAUGGUGAUGGUGGCGGUGACAAUGAUGAUGAUGAUGAUGAUGACGACGAACAAAUACACUCUGGGAAUGCUAUGGACAAACGGCAUCUACGACAACUACAACAACAACAACAUGUUCGCAGCUCAUCCACUGACAAUGCGUUACAAUUUGACGAAAGCGUCUGUAAACGUCAUGGCAUCGAUGUGAUCCGAGAAAAAUUCAAUAGUCCCACCAGGAUAAUUGAACCCACCGCCAGAGAGGUGAGGUUAAGGCGGCAACGAGCCCAGGAACAACCGCAAACAACAGGCCACCAAUCAAGCAGAACCAAGUGCAGGGAACAACGAACAAAGGUACCUGAAAAACAAGAUGUCAUUAAGGAACAAAAAUACCACCACCUCCAGCAGCCGCAGAAAACAACUUUAGAAAAUAAAUCAAAUGAAGAGAUUAUUACAAAAAUUGAGGGUUGCAAUGGAGAGUUGGAGCAAUCUGAUGACAAGCAUAAACAACAACAACUUGGAUUAAAUGAAUCUAAAAAUAUGUUUUUAGAAAAGCCACAACAAGAAGGUAACAACGACGACGAUGACGAAGUCUAUCGCACCACCAGCCUGCCUGCCACAAAGGGAUUUUCCCAUCCCGAAACCAAGGCAGCCGAUGAAGAUAUAGGUUUGGUUGAACCCAGGCGACAAUUCUAUGAACAGUUGACCUCUUGCAAAAAAUGGUUUAGCUAUGAAAACUUGAAUUCAGCAUGCCCCAGUUUGAGGCCAAAGAAAAAAGACCAGCAGCUACAUCCUCGCCACCAUUAUCACCAUCCCAAACGCCAAUCAUACUCCCUGGAAAGGGGUCGAGAUGUCAAGCAUACACGCCGACAAUUACCACCACAAAAGCCGCGAUCUUCCAAUGAAAAUUCACCCAAACUGCAGAGACGUUCCAUAAAAAUGGCCACCGAAAUUAAGAUAUGCUAUGAUGCCGAUGCUGAGGAACAUGAGAUACAAGUGAAAUCCCUUAAUCAUCCCAAGUCGAAGACAAUGGCUGAUGAUUUGGAGAAUGUGCCAUUACCUGUACCGCCAACGGCAAAAUCCGCUAUGAAAAGCCAUCAAAACCACCAAAUACCCAUAAACUUGGACUAUGAGAUGCCACGAGAGGGUGAAGAUUUGUUGUCAACCCCAUCCUUAAGGGAUAACCAAAAAUACGACGAUGCCUGUAUUUAUUUACGUUCAAUUGAUUUACAAGACAAUACCGUGGCUUACAUACCGGCAGCCAUAACAAUUGUGCCCUCACCCAGUGAGGAACAGAUACAACAAUGGCUGGCUGAAGGAGGGGGCCAACUAAAGGCCAACAUAAAGGAGGAAAAGCAAGAAAAUGAAAAUUUAAUGGAAAAAUUUAAAUUGGAAUCUAUGAAAAUAAAGCCCCCUUCCUCAGCAGAAGGAGACGAAGAAAUGCCAACGCCAACAGCAGAACAUAACAAAACAGCAAAACAGCAGGCAAAUGCCAAACACGCCACAGGCCACACACAUGAGGAGCCAGAGACAUACAUAACACGCUUGCCAAGUACACCCAAUGGCAUACAGCUUUCACGUCAAACAAGUGUCAGUGCUAAACGUAAAUCGCAGUCAAGUAAUGUCAGCAACAGUUCCACAGCAUCAACGGCAGGAAUCAAAACCAAGGCAAAGCAGGAUGCCACCACCACCCCCAGAGCCAAAGAAGAUGCACCCCUUGAAAGUGGGGGUAAGCAGGACAAAGGUAUUUACUACACCGAUGGAGAGUACCUCUAUGGGCCCUAUGAUCCCACCAAUGGCAAACCUCUCUCCAGCAUAACCAUCAAGCCCAUAGAACAUGACCCAAACGCCCAAAUGACGCCAUCAAUUUCGAAUGAAAUUAAAAAAGAUACUCAGGCGGAAACAAUUGAAAAAAAUCAGCAGCAAAACGAGAUUGCCGACCUGACGGCUAAAUAUGAACACAUACAGAAAUCCAUAACGGAACACCUAAGGCAAAUCGAUGCAUAUAUUGAAAAUGCAAAAACGGCAUUGAAGCGUUCCAUGCAGGCAGAGAAAACGCAAUCCAAGGACCAGCAAUCUGCCGAAAAAGCUGAGUCAGACACCAAAAGUGGAGGAGGAAACCAAGCAGAAACCCUUAACACCCCCGAGACUCCGUUACAAACGAUUUUAAAGAAAAUCGCCUACAUCAUGGAAGAGGUGAAGCCAACUCCUCAUGCUGCCAGCCAGCCACAAGGGCAAACCGCAGAAUCAUUAUCAGCAACAUUUGGGCAAAUUGAAGAAUCAAUGCCCCAGCCCGGCCUGGAGAACAUGGCCAUAGUGGAUAGAGUUUUAAGUGAUCUUAAUAAGUUGACUGACCAUUUGAAGGAGCAGGAGCCACCACUGGACAUAGUCGACCACAGAAGCUUGCAGCCUUUAAUAGAUAAUCUCAAGCAAAUGCCAUCGUUAGAUGUUAAAUUUGAAACAUGGCCCAAGGCCCAAAAGGUAUCAUAUGUGCACAUCGAGGAGGAGAAGGAGAAGGAGGGGGGAGAGGGCCACAAAAUGCCAGCAACCUCAAACAAAUUAGACGAGCCGCAACAGAAGGUGGCAGUAGGUUCCCAGGAAAAUGACGAAAAAUGCAAACCCAUAACUGCUGUAGGUCAAAAGGAAACUUCAAAAUGCCAAACGCCAGCUCCAGCCAUAACCUUAAAACAAACAAUACAGGAGCAGGAACAUGAACAUGAGCGUUCCGCAUCUGGAAAUUCGAAACUAAUAACUUCCAUGGAAAAACCAACAUCCAAGAGUCAUUCGAUGGCAGCAGGAACAACAACAGUGCCUGGAAAUAACCUUAGCAAGGAUUUGGGGAAAAAUUUAGUUUCCGAAUUUAUAACGACAUACCAUCAGCAGGAGCAACUACUGGACCAGGUAAUUGACACACUUGGUAAGUGUAAUCAACAGCAACAACAACAACAACAACAGCAUAGCCAAAUCAAGAAAGAUGUUGGACAGCUCAAACCCAAACAAACCAACCAUCAAGUUGCUACCAAUAAUGAUGCUGGCCAUGGAGCUCGUCAGCGUCAGCAUAAAGCAGGUGAUGAGAUGGCCAACACCAAAGGCAAAAAAUCAAAUUUAAAUCAACCUGCAUCAUCACAAUUGCCAGCAAACAGGGAAAAGAAUGCGGCCGUCACACAUUCCGUGCGAAAAGUGGCACGAAAUUUGGAUACUGGAGCUGAUGAGACGGCAGAAAAUAUGGCUCCUGCCCCUGGCAGUGGCACACCAUUACACGGCGGUCAACGAAACGAUAGACCUCGUCUUAAAUUGGCUAUUAAAAAUGCAACGGGCAUUAUGGCUGAUAAGCAAUUUCCUAAAUAUGACAAACAACUAACGAACUCUGGCCGUCCAAGCCACAAACCCGGGAAGGAGCCCUCAAUAGCUGACAAAAGUGUCAAGCUGGAAGAUGAACAGUGCCGCCAGCAAGUACCAAAAACCACCCCAACGAAUGGUGACACUUACAAGUCGUCAUAUGAGCUACCAAGUCCUUAUGUAACCGAACGUCAAAUCUCUUGGGAGGAUGUGCAAGCAAACAUCAGCUCCACUCCAAAAUGCCAUGGGCACGAGAGCAAAAGUGUCGAUGUAACAGCCAGCAAAGAAAAGGAACCAACAGCCAAAGAACAAACACUGUCGAUGGCAAGUGGUCACGUUGAAAUGCAAUCAACGAUGCCGUCAAAAUCACGCAUGCAAGCUACGCAAAAAUCUCCACCGCGGCAGGAGUCAUCUGUAUUAACACCUCCUCCCCCACCACCUCCGCCGCCACCUUUCUGUACAAAACUUGUGCCAACUGAUGAUAAAUUAAGAAAAUAUCCUGCUCCGCUUAUUGAACCGCAUUUGGCGGCAAGGCGUUCUGCUUCACCAUUUGGCCUAAAUGCUGUGGACACAAAAGUGGCAAGUCAACCGAGAACACCUUCACCACCAUUGAGGCUCGUUGAGGGCAAAAAUAAAAAGUCAUUAAAUGAUGGCUCAAAUGCCACCAACUCCAAACAACGUACGCCAUCAGUAUCACCUGGACGUGGUGGGCAACAAGGUAGAAGUCAAAAUUUUACGGGGCCUCUACGCAAGUAUCCAGCUCCCUUGGCUGAACCAUAUCCACCACGGGGAUCUGUUUCUCCAAUCGAUUCCAUCUACACCAGACAACGUUCCAAGUCAAUGUCUCCAGCCAGAGUGGCCCCACAAUCCACCACAUGUUUGCGCAAAUAUCCUGCGCCUUUGGCUGAGCCAUAUCCACCGCGAAGAUCAAUGUCACCAUUUGAUCCAAGUUUUUCGAAGCAACGUUCGAAAUCUGUAUCACCAGGAAGGGUGAGUAAUGUUUCAGAAACAUUACGCAAAUAUCCUGCGCCUUUGGCUGAGCCAUAUCCACCGCGAAGAUCAAUGUCACCAAGUUUUUCGAAGCAACGUUCGAAAUCUGUAUCCCCAGGGAGAGCAGGCCAUGUCUCAGUAACAUUACGCAAAUAUCCUGCUCCUUUGGCGGAACCAUAUCCACCACGUAGAUCGGUUUCGCCGUUUCACUGCAAGCAUCGUUCCACAUCCAAGUCUCCAGCAAGAGAGGCGAAUUCAACGAACUUAUUACGCAAAUAUCCUGCCCCAUUGGUUGAACCAUAUCCUCCUCGAAGAUCUUGUUCGCCUUUUGAUGUCCAGCCACGUUCCGAAUCUAAAUCUCCAGUAAGAGCCGGGCAAUCAUUGAAAUCCCACAUAGAAACACCACCAUUACCUUUCAUCGAAGCCAAGUCGCAGCCUCAUGAUACUUCAUCUGCCACACAACGUUCCAAAUCGAAAUCACCCGCCAAGAACCCUAAUGAAGACUCCAUUCAUGCCAUACGUAAAUAUCCUGCCCCUCUGGCAGAACCCUAUCCGCCCCAAAGAGCCAAAUCCCCAUUUGAGGAAUAUUGCACAACUAAACGUUCCAACUCACCAAGCUGGGCAAAACCAGAUGGCUUAGAGAAUAAAUUGCAAAAGUAUUCCAUACCACAAACGUCGACAAUUAAGGCAAUUCCCACACCGCCGCCACCGCCUCCUCCACCACCAUCAAUGUCCCUGGAAAAAAACACCCGAAAUAUUUCGCCAAUACGCAAAUAUCCAUCGGCACUCAUUGAACCACAUGUACCUAGCCGCUCGGCCUCGCCAUUUGGCUUGAACGUUGUGGAUGACAAUUUUGGCGAGUUCCAAGAACCAAACCAGAGGGCCCACACACCAUUGGGUCUAAAUGCUGUCCUCCCACCUCCACCAGCAUUUGACGAUUUGUCAACUACAUCUACAAUGCGUAAAUAUCCCUCAGCCUUAAUUGAAGCUCAUGUGGCGACAUCCAGAGCAUCUUCCCCUGCCGGGUUAAAUGCCGGGCAUACAAAUUGGUCGGAAAAAAUGGCAUCAAUACAAUCGCCCUCACCUGUUGGGCGCCACAAUAAAACAACUACAGCUCCACAAGAACAUAAUGCUCCAGCAAUCGUAUCAUACGUGCCACAGGUGGAAGGUCAAAAUGUUGGUCUCUUGGUGCAUGCAGUCGCCAUUCCUCCACAAGCAACUGCCACCGCUGUUAUGGUCACGGACUCAACCGUAAAACGAUAUUCUCCCGAAAACGAGUCGUCAAAUAUUCCAAUCAGCACGGCACGUAGCAAAAAUGCCAGGACAUCAUUUUCAAAUGCAGACCGCAAAUUUGAAACAGAUGACAAGGAUGACCAAUCACAAGAAUUACAAUGUAUUAAUACAUUCGAUACAACAGGACAUGGAGUAGUAUUGGAAAUAAACAAGAACAACAACAACCGUGUGCCUAGUCUGACUGAUGCCGAUGAUAAAAAUGAGCCAUCACAGAGGAGGGCUGCAACGACGACAUCCACGACGACGGGAAUGUUGAAAUCAAAUCUCCCAUCGGCAACUAUGUCAUCAUCCAACGAACAAGAAUAUCAGCAUUUUGAUCAGCAACAUUGCCACAUGACCGCAGAAAUGGUCAAUUCUCCGGCAUCUGUUAUUAAUCGCUCAUUUGAUAAUGUUUCGCCUCGGCCAUAUAUCUCUAUUGAAGGUUACAAGCGUGUAGCUUGGCCUCCAGCCAAUGAAGAACGGGUUGUACGUGAGUUUACACCACAGCCCCAUGCUCAAUACACGGCACCAUUGUAUGCUCCACAAGCUCAGGAACAAAAUCAACCCCAACAACAUCAACAACAAUAUCAACCAAAUGCUGCUGUACCAUCAACUCAGGGUCCAAUUUACAAUAAUGUCCAUUACCAUGCCCCAACACCACAACAACAACAGCAACCACACCCCCAACAUCCAUAUUAUUCAAAUCAAACACAACAACAGCAACCAACAUCUUACAUUAAUGCCACCACUACUUCCACUAACAACAACCAUGCACGUGAAACUAUGCCACCUAAUAGUCAUAAUCAAGGGGAGAACGACGAGCCGCUCUACGAGCCAUUCCCACCCCAAACUCCCGAAGCUCCAAUUGUGUUGAUAGACAAGCAAUUCAGCAGGUUGCCAUCACAGGAGCCAAUGCAAAUGAACUAUGGUCCUGCUGCUUCUGCUGCACAGCAUCACAAGCAGCCAGAAUGGCAACAGCAACAACAACAACAACCACGUGAAGAACCACCAAAACAAAUGCCAUCAAGCUUUAACCAACAACCUACACAAUAUUAUCAACAGCAAUAUCUGGCAAGCAAUCGAAACCAACAACAGCAACCACCAACCCACCAACAACAACAACAUUCGCAAUAUCCGCACACUCAACACCAACACCCUGCACAAUACCAGCCCGCCGAGCCGCAUCAUGAGCAGGCGACUUCCACUGGCGGCCACGACUGGUAUUACAUGGAUCGACCACAACACAACCCUAAUCAACAAGAAUUUGCUAAUGCAAAACCAACUGGGCUAGGUCAGGACGAAGCUCUCAGCCCAGCUCAGCCCAUUUAUCAAAAGCAAUAUGAAUCCUAUCACCAACAACGUCAACAACAGCACGAGUUCUAUCAAGAAAAAUAUAAAGAUGAACUUAAGCAACGAAUGAUAGCAAAUCAAAAGCAACAAGAGCUACAACAACAGCAUCACCAACACCAGUACAAACCAAGCAAUCCACAAACUCAAAAUUAUCCCCAACAACAACACCAUCCCACACAAUAUCAACCUUUCGAACGUGAUGCAUCGACCCCCAGUCGCAUGAGGUACCUGGAGAGAUCACAAACCCCCAAACCGGAAUAUGGCAAGACCGUAAGGCUAGUCGGUCAUGAUGGAUCCACCACCCACCCAAUUGCCAAACCCAUAUAUCAAAAACAAUAUGAUUCAUAUCACCAACAACGUCAACGACAACACGAAUUCUAUCAGCAACAAUAUAGACAAGAACUUCAGCAACAAUACCAACAACAACAACAACCAAAACAAUAUUCCCCACAACCCCAAUACCAGGGCCAGGGACCGGUAGGCAAUCAAUACAAUCAAUACCAGCAACCCCAACAGCCCUACCAGCAACCAACAACCUGGGUACAGGAGCAACAUUUACCCCAGCCCUAUAAGCCACCAACUCAACAGGCUCAAUAUCAACAGCCCCAACAACAACAGCAACAACAGCCUCAGUACCAGGCUUCAUCUUACCAGCCAACCCCUCAAUACCAGGCCUCAUCUUAUCAACCCCAACAGGCCCCAUUGAACAAUCAAUAUCAAACUCCAUAUCAAAAUCAAUAUGUAUCGCAACCCAAUCAACAACAAUUUAAUUCUUAUUCACAGCCUCAACAACAACAACACCAACAACAACAGCCACCGCAACAAAAUGUCCAAAAUGUCUCACAUGGCAGCGAUCAAUUGGAUAAUUUGAAACAGCAUGAUCAACGCGGUGCCAGUCCCGGUAUUAUUACCUUGCGCAAGGAGGCUCCCAUCUCUCAGGCACCCGCUCCAGUCUACACCUCUCAGCCGGCAGCCGUAAGCUUCCAGGGUGAUGAUGAUCUUUCAGGCGGCAGCAAAUUGCGUGGAGACUUGAAGUGGCCACCACCAGAGUACAAGGAAGCUGCUGCUCGUGAAAAUGAGGAACGCCGUCAAUUGGCGUUGGGACCAGUCUGUAGGCCAAGAAAGGUCAAUCGCGAUUACAGCUCAUUCUUUGCCAAGAAUGCCUUGAGCCAUCAUUAUCCCAGCUACAAGGUUCCACCAGGUACCCAACAUGUCACCUAUUAAGCUCACCACCAACCACAACAGCAACAACAACCGCGUGCAGCUAAACAAUGGAACCCCUCCCAAAGCAGCAUCAGAACAAUAGCAAUAAAAGGAUAAAUGAUAACACACCAACAAAUAGUUAGCUGAUUUAAAUGAAUUGUUAUAACGAAAUGUAAAAUACUAACCAAAAACAAAUGCAACAACAACAACAAGUACUUUAAAUCAUAAAAAUUUAAUCAAAUUAGUAUAUAAGCACUAUGUAUAUGCAGGCACUUUAUGUUUUUGUUGUAAAAUUAUAGGAUUUCCUCUCAGGUUUGUUUUCUUUUUAAGUGGAUACGAACAUCUUUAUCCGAAAAAAGGGAAAUUUUAUACUUUUUUUCAACAAUGUUAUAUAAUAUAAAAAAAUCAAAAAAAAAAAGAUUAUAUUAAUUAGAGUUAAGUGUUCCUCAACAAUUUCGAUGUUAAAUAAAACAAAAAAAAACAAAAAACUUUGUUAAAUUCACAAAACGAAUGUAAAUGUUCCUCAACAAAGGUUUUGUAGAAUGCGCAAAGAGAAGAAAAAUAAUAAUUAUUGUUAUUUUUUUUUAGAACUUAAGUCCUCAAUUGUUAAGCUAUUUCAAUUUUGUAGCUUUCAAAUUAA